UUUACCAGAAACAGACAUUGCACCUUGCCCAGUGGCCCAGGUGGGGUGAUAUCAGAACUUCCCCAGUUUCUAUGUCAACAUUUGCCUUAAAGAGAGUUCUGGAGAGACCACUAUGUCUGCUCUGACAAAUGUUCUCCUUGUGGGCUUCCUGCUGCACAGUGCCCAUUGUAAUGUCUUUAGUGUCACUCUGCCAAAACGAGUGGAGGCUGUGCGUGGAUCCUGUUUGAGAAUACCCUGCUCCUUUACAAUCAGGGAUGAGUAUAUUACAAACCUGAACAAUAAAUGUAGAUCAGAAUGGAGAGAUGUCAGCAAUGAACAGACAAAAUACAAUUCACAAGACCAACAACAGGAGACUUAACCCAGAAGAACUGCACCACAACAGUGUAUAACAUCACUGAGGACCAGGGGAAAGAAGCUAACUUUAGACUGGACUGUGGCAAACCUCUAAUAUGGACAUUUAAAGAUAAAACAAUGAAUAUUAAAGUGAAUGAAGCUCCGCCCACCCCUACACUGACUCCGCCCUCUGUGAGUGUGAGUGAGGGGCAGUCAGUGAGUGUGCAGUGCUCUGUUCCUGUCCCGUGUCUGUCUCUCCCUCCCACUCUGACAUGGAGCCCUGUCCUGGGGGACAUUCAGGAGACUCUGCAGGAGCAACUGGACAAGACCUUUGUCAAAGUGUCCACUCUCACCUUCACUGCUUCUGACUAUAAGACAAAUCUAUCAUGCUCUGCAGUCUACAGCAGGGAAAAUGACACACAUGUGUUGUCUCCUAGUGCACAAAUCACUGUUGAUAUUACAUGUAUGUUACCUGUUGUCAAGUAUUUACAAUUAAAAUCAUUUUAAAAGGCAAUUUAAUUUUUUUCUGAGCAAUAUCAGUGCUGCUAAUACAAAAUGUAAUAUGAUAUUUGUUUAUGUUAAAGUGAAUAUAAGCUAUGGUUGUGAAAAACUGAGAAAGAAAUAUGGAUUAUGCCUGAUUUUUUUCUAUCAUCCUACUCAGAUCAACCCAGAAACACCAGAGUGACAGUGAGUCCCUCUGGUCCACUGACAGAACACAGUAAUCUGUCAGUGAGCUGCAGCAGUGAUGCCAACCCAGCUGUACAGCACUACCACUGGUAUAAAACUGAUGGAGGAACUCACACUCUGAUCGGAAACUCAUCUGUUUUAAACAUGAAAGCCUCCAGAGAAUACUACUGCUAUUUUCUGUCAGGCUCAGAAUGAACUUGGGACUGAGAACUCUACUGUAGCUGAGCUGAAUGUACUCUUCCCUCCACAGAUUGUGAGCUCUUCAAACUGCACUAUAGACUCAGUCAAGAUGAGGUGUGUGUGUGAGACUGAGGGGAACCCCAUUCCCCUGAUACAGUGGAGUUUCCCAGGACUCUCUCCAAACAUCUCCAUCAUCAGUGAGCCUCUGAGUGACAAAGCUAUAAGAAGCGUCCUCACUGUUAUUAACCCACAGUGGAGAGAUCCAGUCACUUUGGUUUUUCACAGCAGAAACUCUCUGGGAUCUGACAGACAAAGAUUUGAACAUGCGCUUAAAUCUCCUGAAAAGCAAAAGGGACAAGAAGAUGUGGUCACUCCAUUGUUAAUCGCGUCAACGUUCAUUCUGAUGGUGCUGGUGUUGGUGCUUUUCUGUGUGAUCAGAACCCUGAUUGUCCGGCAUAAUAAGCGCCAGUCUUCUCCAGAGACCACAGAGCAGUUGCCAGAGAACCAAGACAGUGGGGUUUACUCUGUGAACAGGAUGAAAAAAAGCAUCAAGAGGACGGAGCAAGAGGCCAGAAGUGAUGCAGAUCCCUCAGGCAGCUCCUACCUGAAAGAGCAGAGGAAUAUUGGGGGAGAAAACAGACAAAUCAUUAUCAACAAGGAAGCAGAAUGUGUAUAUGCUCAAGUUAAAUUUAAACCCAAAACACAUACUAACCAGUAGAGGACAAUAUAAUAAAGUAAAACAGGAAAAGUGCUUGUGGUCAAAUAAUAAAAUAAGGUUAUUUUGUACAAAAAACAUCUUGAUCACACAGAACCAUAUUGCUUAAAACUUUUAGAUGUACCUUAAUAAGUGAGAUCAGUGAAGAGUAGCUUUGUUAUUACAGUUAUAGAGCAAUUGUACUUCUUUAAAAGUGCACUAUGUAACUUUUCUGGUGGUGGGUAUGUUACCUGCUUGUUUCCAUGGAGAUAUUACAGCUUUGCCAGAAAUAUUUCAGUGUGGCAUAAAACUUGUCUGUCUUGCAUUUAUUUAAUUACAGUAGUUUUAUUACCCAAAAUUAUCUUGAAAAAUGUGCGUUCUUAUUGUGAGGGGCUUGCCUCACCGUAGAUUUGACCUGUAACUGGUGGCAACAUCUGCUUGUGUCUAUGCGGAGAAUCAGGUACUAUGGAACAUUCAGCAAAGUGACAUCUCCAAGCUGAUGAUGGACUCUCCACCAGAAAAGUCUCAUAGUAUAUCUUUUAAAUGACAUAAUAUGUUCAUUAAUGUUGCUAAUGUGCUGAAAUAUGCAGGUAUCAAAUGUUGACAAUAAUUAUAUUAUGUGUGUGUGUAAUGAUGACUCAGUGUUGCAGAUGUAUUGUAUAAUAAUCCAUAUAAUAAAUGCUUUAACAAUA